AUGGUCCGCCUGGGCAGGCUCCUGCGGCUCCUGACUCUGCUGAAGUUGCCCUGCUGCCUGCUGGAGUUGCUGCUCUCGGCGGUGGCCCAGGGGCAGGAGAUGUACGCGCCCCACUCCAUCCGCCUGGAGGGGGACAUCACCCUGGGCGGCCUCUUCCCCGUGCACGCUAAGGGCCCCCCGGGCGUGCCCUGCGGGGACAUCAAGAAGGAAAACGGCAUCCACAGGCUGGAGGCGAUGCUCUACGCCCUGGACCAGAUCAACAGCGACCCGGACCUGCUGCCUAAUGUCACGCUGGGCGCCCGCAUCCUGGACACCUGCUCCCGAGACACCUACGCGCUGGAGCAGUCCCUCACCUUCGUUCAGGCUCUCAUCCAGAAGGACACCUCCGACGUGAGGUGCACCAACGGCGAGCCGCCUGUGUUCGUUAAGCCGGAGAAAGUAGUUGGAGUGAUCGGGGCGUCGGGAAGUUCAGUCUCCAUUAUGGUGGCCAACAUCCUCCGGCUCUUUCAGAUCCCACAAAUCAGUUAUGCCUCAACUGCACCAGAGUUGAGUGAUGACAGGCGCUAUGAUUUCUUCUCACGUGUGGUUCCUCCAGAUUCCUUCCAAGCACAAGCAAUGGUGGACAUUGUGAAAGCUUUGGGAUGGAAUUAUGUGUCCACUUUGGCAUCUGAAGGGAAUUAUGGAGAAAAAGGAGUCGAGUCCUUCAUGCAAAUUUCCAGAGAGGCAGGUGGGCUCUGCAUUGCUCAGUCCCUGAAAAUCCCCCAGGAUCGCAAGGACAAGACCAUCGACUUUGAUAAAAUUAUCAAGCAGCUCCUAGAAACUCCCAAUGCCAGGGCCAUCGUUAUUUUUGCCAAUGAUGAGGACAUAAAGCAGAUCCUUGCCGCUGCGAAGAGGGCAGAUCAAGUUGGUCAUUUCCUGUGGGUGGGCUCAGACACGUGGGGCUCCAAGGUGAGCCCGUUGCUUCAUCAGGAGGAUGUUGCUGAGGGAGCCAUCACCAUCCUGCCCAAGCGAGCGACCAUAGAGGGGUUCGAUACCUAUUUCACCUCCCGUACCUUGGAGAACAACAGAAGGAAUGUGUGGUUUGCAGAGUACUGGGAGGAGAACUUCAACUGCAAGUUAACCAUCAGUGGGUCAAAGAAGGAAGACACGGACCGUAAAUGCACAGGACAGGAGAGAAUUGGCAAAGACUCCCACUAUGAGCAGGAGGGGAAGGUCCAGUUUGUGAUCGAUGCUGUGUAUGCCAUGGCACAUGCUCUGCACCACAUGAACAAGGACCUCUGUGCCGACUACCCAGGGGUCUGCCCUGAGAUGGAGCACGCAGGAGGCAAGAAGCUGCUCAAGUACAUCCGCAGUGUUAACUUCAACGGCAGUGCUGGCACUCCAGUGAUGUUCAACAAAAAUGGUGAUGCCCCAGGGCGCUACGACAUCUUCCAGUACCACACCACCAACACCAGUACCCCGGGCUACCGCCUCAUUGGCCAGUGGACAGAUGACCUCCAGCUCAACAUUGAUGAAAUGCAGUGGGGCAAAGGUGUGCGUGAAGUCCCAUCCUCAGUCUGCAGCCUGCCUUGCAAGCCUGGAGAGAGGAAGAAGAUGGUGAAGGGGAUGCCGUGCUGCUGGCACUGUGAGCUCUGUGAUGGCUAUCAGUACCAGGCUGACGAGGUGACUUGUCUGCUCUGCUCAUACAGCGAGCGGCCCAACGAGAACCGAACAGGAUGCCGUUCAAUACCCAUUGUCAAGCUGGAGUGGCACUCGCCUUGGGCUGUAAUACCUGUUUUCUUAGCUAUGCUGGGAAUUAUUGCCACCAUUUUUGUCAUGGCAACGUUCAUCAGAUAUAACGACACUCCCAUUGUCCGUGCUUCUGGGAGGGAACUCAGCUACGUCCUGUUAACAGGGAUAUUUCUGUGCUACAUAAUCACAUUUCUGAUGAUUGCCAAACCAAACGUUGCAGUGUGUUCCUUCCGGCGUAUCUUCCUGGGCUUGGGGAUGUGCAUCAGCUAUGCAGCCCUGUUAACUAAAACAAACCGCAUCUACCGCAUAUUUGAACAGGGCAAAAAGUCUGUGACUGCACCUCGGCUUAUCAGCCCCACAUCGCAGCUGGCGAUCACAUCAAGUUUGAUAUCUGUUCAGCUUCUAGGUGUCUUUAUUUGGUUUGCAGUUGACCCACCCAACAUCAUCAUAGAUUAUGAUGAGCAGAAAACUAUGAACCCUGAUCAAGCCAGAGGAGUUCUCAAAUGUGACAUUACGGAUCUACAAAUCAUUUGUUCCUUGGGUUAUAGCAUUCUUCUAAUGGUUACAUGUACUGUGUAUGCUAUCAAGACUCGGGGUGUCCCAGAGAAUUUUAAUGAAGCUAAACCCAUUGGAUUCACUAUGUACACUACCUGUAUAGUAUGGCUUGCCUUCAUUCCAAUAUUUUUUGGCACUGCCCAGUCAGCUGAAAAGCUCUACAUACAAACUACCACACUUACAAUAUCCAUGAACUUAAGUGCUUCAGUGGCCCUGGGAAUGCUUUACAUGCCGAAGGUGUACAUCAUCAUCUUCCACCCUGAGCUAAACGUCCAGAAACGGAAGCGCAGCUUCAAGGCUGUGGUCACAGCAGCAACCAUGUCAUCACGGCUCUCACACAAACCCAGCGACAGGCCCAACGGCGAAGCCAAAACGGAACUGUGUGAGAACGUAGACCCAAACAGCCCUGCUGCAAAAAAGAAGUACGUCAGUUAUAACAACCUGGUCAUCUAGCCUGAUCUGCCACGUGGGGUGGAGGACGGGUGAGGAAUUUCAUCCACCGCUGGUGCAGACCUCCUCCCGAGCGCAGGGCAUCCGCCUCGGCGGGGGCGAGGCCAUGGCGAUGCUGCGGGAAGGCGCGAGAGGAGCCCAGUGCUCCCGACGGCUGCUCCCUGAAAUACUCUUCAUCGCUCUCGGCUUCGUACGUCACUGGCUGGUGCUGCCGUCGGCUGUGGCCUUGGCCCUGCUCCGGCCACUGGAGCCGCUGUGCUCGCGCGCUCAGCUGUGGCACGGGAGGACCGGCUCCCCAGGGAGGGCUGCAUUCAGCUACAAGGACUUUAAGGGGCUAAUUCUGUCUUUCUAUGUACUUCCAGACUGCAAGUUUUUGAACUUUCUGUACAGUUUGUGAGGAUUUUUGCAUAUUGCCAUCCAUGUUGUUUCGAGUUCACUGUUUGUUUUUUGAAUGCACAGUUUCAUUGAGGCCCUGUUCUCUCAGACUUAGCACAUCUAAAACCAACCGGCAACUGCGGAUUUAAAAGACCUGUGUACAUGACUUGUAUGAUUACUACUGUAUCACUGCGAUCCAUAUACGUUAUUUUUUUUAACAAAACAAACAAAAAAUCUAAAGACCAAAAACUGUGCUGGCGAAGUUAGUCGUCCCCCCCUUCACAACUCUGAUGGGCUGCAGAGGAAGCGGAAAGGAUGGUUGCUGAGUUCUAGUAGAGGUCUUGAUAUUUGGAAUGCAUGCCAGUAAUGUAUUUUAUGGUACAUGUUAAUAAUUUAUGUUUGAUAUUUGUAUUUGUGUUCUGUUAUUUUAUUUAAGGUAUAUGACUAUUUUGCAAUAAUUUCAAUAAUUCUUAUGAUAUUUGGAGGAAAGACUAUGGCUUUUACAUGUCUUGAGGUUUUUCUUUGUUGAUGCCCCACCAUGACUGACCAGUGUGAUAAGGACUUAAAAAAGCAUGUAUGUUUUAUACUGUUUGUAAUAAGUAAUUUCGUUAAUCUUGCUGCUUAUGUGCCAAUUUAGUGAAACCAAUCUUUGCCGCAAACUCUUCCCUUCCUUUCCAUUCUCUCAAUCCUGUGAUAUUAUCCAAGAAUGUAUCAAUAAAGGAUUUUGGUUAACUUUUUUUUAUUUAC